AGGCGCCGUCCGCUUGCGCACCGAGCCGCGCACGAGAGGUAACGGUGGGGUCGUGCCGUUGGUAAAUUUUGUGGUUCCCAUCGUGGGUGACAAAAUCUUGCUGGUGUGGGAGCUGAGCUCUGGACCCACGGCCGAGGCCUUAUACAUCAGAAAUACAUCUACACGUGGAACUGCUCCUAUAGAACACCCACUGAACGCUGGCAGAAGACCUCAGACCUCCCAAAAGGGUCAUUAUCAUUCCUUAUGAAAAGGAAGGGAACCCAGAAGCUUGCUAUCCACAAGGCUAUGACAGAUGCAUUCCAGAAAUGUGUUUAGAAAGUGGUAAAAUAGCUGUGGCAUAUAGACCCUGUGAAGAGGUCACAGAUGCUAGAACCGAAGAGGAACAACAGGAUUUAAUUCAAAUGUUGGCCCCGCCUCAUCAGGAGUUGACUGAGACUGAGGUUCCAUACCCGGACACGGAUUCGGUUGGAGAGCUGCCUACAGGGCCAGAUCAGUUUGCUGUUCCACAUCAGGAUCUGAAUAACAAGCAAACCCAACAUCAAAAGCUCCCAGAGGAAGUUCCAGUGCUGGAUUGGAAUCAGAAUCAGGCCUUGGUUCUGCCUUCUCGACACAAAAGUAGUAAGAGCUCAAAACCAGUGAAGUUUAUUGUUUCACCCCCAAACCUGAAGAAAGAUCUAGUUCAGCAUCAACGGCUUGCCAAAUUUGUUGGAACUACAGGCCAGUUUGAAAAAAAAAUUCAGGGUCUAGAACAACAGUUGCAGGGUGAUUAUUUAGAUCCCAGUAUGGAUGCCUUUUAUCCUGAGGAGAGGCUACCUACAGAUUUUCUGGGGAGCCCAGAUGAACCUCCAGAGCCCCCUGAGGAAGCUGAAAUUUCUCCAUCCCAGCAGGAGGCCCAAGCUCGUCAUCCAGAGCGCACUGAGGAGGCUGAAUCUUUACCCCAGCAAGAGGCCCCUGCUCAGCAUCCACAGACCCCUGAGGAGGUUGAAUCUUUUUCACCCCAGGCAGAGGCCCAGGCUCAGCAUCCAGAGCCCACUGAAGAGGUAGAACCACCUCCACUUCAUCAGGAGGCUCCAUCUCAGCCUUCAGAGGCCCCUGAGGAACUAGAAACUUCAAGUCCUCAGGAGGCCCUAGCCCAGCCUUUGGAGACACUUAAGGAGGUUGUAGUUCAACCAGUAGCACAUCAUGGGGUAAAUGAAGCUCAGCAGUCAAAUUUGUACCAUGUCACUGUUAAACCUCUGGAUCUGGCACUUACCAUAACUCCACAGGUCACUAAAGAGGUUGAACCUUCUCCAGUCCAGCAGGAGACGCCAUCUCAGCCUCCAGAGAGCCCUGAGGAGGUUGAACCUCCGCCAGUCCAGCCGCGGGCCCCAUCUCAGCCUCCAGAGCUCCCUGAGGAGGUUGAACCUUCUCUACUCCAUCAAGAGGCCCCAAGUGAGACUCCAGGGUUCCCUACUGAGUAUGUACUUCAAAUUCCAGUGAGUGAUGAGGUAGCAUCUCUACCUGGCGUUCAGCGUCACGCUCAUUCAAACUUGCCCAGUGGUACACUUCAACCUCUGGAUUUGGGACUUACCAUCACUCCAGAGCCCACUACGGAAGCUGAACUUCCUACAGCUCAGCAGGAGGCCCUGGCUCCACCUCUUGAGCAUCCUGAGGAGAGAGAAUCUUCUCCAACCCAACAAGAGACCUUAGCUAAGCCUCCAGAGCCUCCUGGAGAGGUUGAGCCUUCACGUGAGCGGGAGCAACCAGCUCCGCCUCCAGAGCCUUCUUCAGGGGAGGUGGAACCUUCUCCAACUCAACAGGAACAGCCAGCUCAACCUCCAGAGCAUCUCGAAAUGACAGUUUCACCUCCAAGUCACCAUCAUGCUGAGCAUUCAAACUUCUCCAGUGUCGCUGUCAAACCUGCAGAUGUGGAGCUUACCAUAACAAAAGAACCCACGCCAGAGGUGGGACCUUCUCCAAAUCAGCAGAAGCCUUCAGCUCAGGCCUCAGGGCCCCUUACUAAUGCAGAAUUUUCUACAACCCAGCAUGAGGCCCCCACGCUGCCUUCACAGCCACCUGAGGAGGUUGAACCUUUGCCAGUUCAACAGGAGGCUUCAGCCCAAUCUCCAGAAGCCGGUCCACAUAACAAACCUUCAGUACAAGAGGAGACCCCAGCUCAGUAUCCAGAGCAUCCUGGAGAAGAAGUUACACCUGCCACAACCCAGCAGGAGACUCCAGAUCAGCAUCCACAGGCUCCUGAGGUUGUACCUUCUCCACCUCAGCAGGAAGCCAGAGCUCAGCAUCCACAGUCUCCUGGUGAGGUUGAAUCCUCUCCAACUCAGUCUCCAGAGCUCUCUAAUGUGACUGUAGUUUUCUCUCCGGAGCAUCAUGUGACAACAGUUUCUCCUCUAGGUCAGGAUCAAGCUCAGCUUCUGCAGCGGCCCGAUGUCACUGUUAAACCUGUGGGUCUUGCACUUAUCGUAACUCCAGCGUUCACUAAUGAGGUUGAAACUUCUCCACCCCAACAAGAAACCUCGGCUCAGUCUACAGUGUCCCCUGAGCAGUUGGAACCUUUGUCAGUCCAGCAAGAGGUUUCAGAUCAGCAUCCAACCCCCACUGAAAAUGUUGAACCUUUUCCAGUUCAGCAGGGAGCCCCAACUCAACCAACAUACCCCGAGGUGACAUUUCCAAAUCCAGAGCAUGUUCAGGCUCAGCAUCCAACCUUGACUGAGGUCACAAUUCAACCUUUGGACCUUGAACUGACCAUAAGGCCCGAACCCACUAAGGAGGAUGAACCUUCUCCAACCAUGCAGGAGACCUUAACCCAGCCUCCAGAACCACCUAAGGAGGUUUUUGUAGCUCAGCCUCCAGUAUAUCAGAACCCAAUAGUUCCAGCACCAGAUCAGGAUCACACUGAGCCUCCAACAUCACCCAGUGUCAGAGUUCAACCUUUAGACCAGGGGCUUACCACAACUCCAGAACCUACUACAGAGUCUGAACAUUCUACAGCCCUGCAGCAGACUACAGCUCCCCCUCCAAAACACCCUGAGGUGACACUUGCACAGCCAAACCUGACUCAAGUCACAGUUCCACCUGGGGACCUGGGAGUUAACAUAUCUCAGCAACCAAGGCCAUCUGAGACAGUUCCUUCGACUCAGUAUUCGGUACCCACUGGUCUUCCUGGUGUAAAAUAUACCCCAGGAAAGAAGCAGCCAGAACAGAAUGCCACCACAAACAUCAGCAUAUGUGAGCUCUGUACCUGCAAAAAUGAGACACUGUCGUGUGUCGUUCUCAGCCCAAAGCAGAAGCUCCACAGAGUGCCUGAGCCAGAGCCUAACGCCUACAACGGCACCUUCACCAUCAUAAAUUUCCAAGGAAACUCUAUUUCUUACAUUGAUGAAAGUAUAUGGAAGGCAUACCGCUGGACUGAGAAGCUAGUUCUCAGUGAAAAUUAUUUGACUGAAUUACAUAAGGACUCCUUUGAAGGCUUGCUAUCCCUCCGAUAUUUAAAUUUCCAAGGAAACUCUAUUUCUUACAUUGCUGAAAGUAUAUGGAAGGCAUACCGCUGGGCUGAGAAGCUAAUUCUCAGUGAAAAUUAUUUGACUGAAUUACAUAAGGACUCCUUUGAAGGCUUGCUAUCCCGCCGAUAUUUAGAUUUAUCCUGCAAUAAAAUACAGUCUAUCGAAAGAUGUACAUUUGAACCACUACCUUUUUUGCAGGUUAUAAGUCUUGGUUGCAAUUUACUCACAGAACUGAGCUUUGGAACGUUUCAGGCCUGGCAUGGAAUGCAGUUUUUACACAAGUUGUAAGUGAAAUAGAAGAUGAAUACAUGUAAAAAACUGUGUGUAAAAGCAUCAUGCAGUUCUUGGUUAGCUGGGUGUAAGUAAGCCCAGUAUGAAUUCUGGAAAGUAUGUCUUGAGAGCCAUUUAUUUUUUUUCAAAUGAGGAAAGUAAGGUACAAAGAGGCCAAGAGACUUGUUUAACUCAUAUAUAUGAAACGCUCUGCUUUCCAUAGUACUGAUCUUUGGCACGGGCAAUAAAAGGCACCAAGCAAAAACACUCAAAUUAGCAUUGUCAUGGAAUCCCACUGAUGCCUCUCCAAUAUGCGAAUGGUCCAUGAAGUUCCACUUUUGAAUUUCACUUUGAUUCCUGCUCAUGUGCAAAGUUCCUAACUGCUUAAAAUGUAUGCAACACAGAGCUGCAAAGAACUAAGUUUAGCACCGAAUUCUUCAGGGAGCAAAAGGUGUGGGUGCUUCCCCAACCAUUAUUAGCUCUUUUAAAUGGUAAAGCAGAAAGAAUUCCUGAACACCCACCACAGGGCUCUCCCCAGCCACCCAGAACAUUAUUUUUCAAAAAGCAUAUAUCUCUGAAGUGAAUUAUCUGUGGCCAAUAGGAAGCUUUGAGGUAUGGAAAAAGACGUUGUUUGUGUUCAGCUGUAGUGUGAGAAAUACAAAGAAAAUACAUUGCUGUAGCCUAAUUCAAUAUACUUUCUUUGCUGACUACUCUUCAAUAAGAAGUGUGGGUUUUACACCCCUUCAGCUCAAAAACACCUGGCGUUGAUCCUUAGUUGGUCUCUGGAAUGUUCUCACUGGAAUGAAAGCUGGGUAGACUGCAGGCAGUGCAGCAUCGGAGAGAACAUAGCUGCCAUUCAAAAGGGCUGCCAGAGAAAAGGUGUCCAUAGGGAAAUAUCAUUUCUCAAAAUAUGGUCUGUGGACCUCUACACUCAAACAUCUCUGGGAUGCUUCUUUAUAAGGCUGAUCCUGGGACUUCCCUGA